UAGUUUAGUCUUCAGCUGCAGGUCCACUUGUAGACCCGUGAAUAUUAGUGCUCUCGGUUAUCUACACUGUGACAACGAGUGGUUUCGUGUGUUUCAUCAAUAGAUGCUUGCCUAUUAAGACAGUUGUUCCCAAAGUGAAAUUCUGUUCAUAGUAGACUGAUUAUACUGAGUUUAAACUUGUGCUGAAAUUGGUUGGACUUGGAUAGAACCUGCUGUGGAUACGUUGUUCCUUCAAUUUCUGAAUUUAGUAGAAGUGUUGCAGAACUGUUUGACAGUGUUAUUUGUUAGCCAUUUUUGGGUCUUCUGGUUCAUGUCUUAAUCUUCAUCUUCUAGAGUGUUAAGGACUAUCGUUCCCAAAGGACUCUGAGAGAGUUAGUCCGGAACCUCUGGAGAGAGCACCUGCAUCAGUUUCGGUCCAAUGUGCUAAAUCAGCCUUCCCCAUGACGGACUUGUUCAGGAUGAUGCAGAACCCCUUGUUGGGCUACAAACCCUUGCAGUUCCUGGGUGCUCCCAUGCUGCUGAUGGCGGGCGGCGCCCCCAGCUCCUCCGGAAGUGACAGCGGCUCCCCCAGCCCUCCAGUAACUCCCGGGAAAUCGUUCACCAUCGAUGCCAUCCUCGGCCUUCACAACAAUUCCACAAAUUCUGCCAUAGACUACAGCAGCAGAUCUAUAGCCGAGGAUAAAAGUGGAGACUGCACAUCUGGCGGGAGGAAGAGCGGGAAGUCCAAGAGGGUCAGGACCAUCUUCACACCCGAGCAACUGGAGAGGCUGGAAGCAGAGUUCGAGAGACAGCAGUACAUGGUGGGACCAGAGCGACUGUAUCUCGCCCACGCCCUGCAACUUACAGAAGCCCAGGUGAAGGUGUGGUUCCAGAACAGAAGGAUAAAGUGGAGGAAACAGCACCUGGAACUGCAACAGCAGAGGCUGGCGGCGCUGAAGCAGCAGCAACACUUGCUUCAGCACGACCAAGAGCUGGAGAGUGAUCAGGAGAACAGCAGAGGGGAGCAGCAACAUUUUAUGGUGGCUCAGGAAUAGACGAGGACAGAGCGAUAGUGGCUGCAAGGUGACGAGCUUUAAGGGCGGAGUGCUAUCAAAGUUUUGGAUAUGAUGCUGGACCAGAUUUGAAAUUCCAAGGCGUAGUACUUUGAAAAGUUAUUGUUUUUGUAAAAAACGUAACAGAUCAUAAUUUUUGAUAGACUAUAUGGAUUUUAAUAUACAAAAUUCAUCCUAAAUCUGGAAAUAUAUACUUUGUUAUAUAUUUUAAACCGCUAUUUGUUUUUUUGGACUAUAGACACGAUUAUCAAAGAGAUCUUUCGACAGGUCCUCUCCGCCCUAUUUAAAAAGCAGUGCUGUUUAGACUUUUGGAAACUGUACAUUAUUGUAGCAAACAUAUCCAAUUUAAAUUUGUAAAACUUAAUAGUUAAUUAUAAUGUAAACAUUGUACUCUUUGAUUAUGGUGUUCAACUAUAAUAGAGACUCUUGAGUAGGUUACGAUCCUGCAGACUCGGUGAUUUUACUACUAUCGUUGAAUGUUUAUAUGUAUCAUAACUUGUGAAAAUGUUUAUUAUGAGCUUUGUCAACUAAUUUUAUGUACAGACCUUCUAAACAGUGUAUAUGUGUUUAAGUAAGUUAUUGUAUUAAUGUAUAUAUUUAGGUUCUUCUGUUGUUUUUCUCUCUUUUUCUGUUGUUUUAAAUUAUUGUCAUAGUGCUACGAUUCAAUAUCCACUAAAAUUAGUUCUAUGAACUUUAUAAAAGUAUUUAAUAUCAGUAAAUUCACGCAGUAAGGUCACAGAAAGACCUUUACAAGAAAUACAAUGCGUGCUAAUUUAGUACUCAAUGUUAUAAAUAUAAAAUUAUUACUUUUUAAUAAUGAAAUAUGAAUGAUUUAUUUCUAAAGAUGUAAAGUUCACAAACAGAUUUUGCUACUUUUAAAAACAAAUUAUUAUUAAUGAAAAGUUACUGAUUGGAUUGGAGAAAUAAUUAGCCUAUUCUUUCGGAAAAAAUAUGAAAAUUUAUCUAAUACAUUCUAUUAAUUUCAUCUGUUAUUAUUUUUGUAAUUAUGUACAUAUGCAAUUGUACUACUGUAUAAUACUGAAUUAUGCAAACGCUGUUGUACUAACUAUAUUAAAGUAUCUACUUACUUAUUAUGGCUGUAUGUUAAUAGUUCCAUAUCAUUGAGAAGGGUAUGGUCGUUUUAAGAUAAGAGUGUUUUACAUUUCCUGAACGAAUUACUUAUUAGGAAGCAAGUAUUAAACAACUGUGUAAUUUUUCAAUGAAAUAAUUAGUAGGACUGUAUUUACCGUAAUAAUAUAUGGUUUUAAAACUUGUUUUACUAGGAAAUAAAAACAAUGGAAAUUAUUUUUUGAAAAAUACACAGUAAGCCCUAAAUUAACUAUUCAUAUAACAAGAUCGAAGUUCCUUAUUUUUCAGUUUUAUUGUAUAGUUUUAAGUAGUUAAAUAUAGUUAUGUAAUCGUCUUACUAUUACAUGAAUCUUUGUUUAUGACACAUAAUUGUUUUGAUUAUUCAAUUCAACAAACACAUACAUUUGGUGUCAUUAAAAUUCAGCAAAAGUGUCUGUAAAGUAGUUUUGUCGCAACUGUUUUACCACCAAAAACUAAAUAACUUUAUUAUGACUUUAAAUACAGGUAUUUUAGUCAAUUUUUGCAGGGUAAACUAAUUACAGUAUGUAGUUACCAAAAACAUUUUACCCGUUUUUAAAAAAAAUAAUUGUGUUCUGUUGUUUUUUUUGUUGUUUGUAUAUACUAUUGUUUUUAAUAGAUGUUUUCUUAAUAUCUCAAAAGUUUUUAAUGAUACAGCCAUUAAAUUCUUAUGAGCUGCUCAACACAUGGCUACAAUCUGACUAUAAUCGUUGUGGUGAGUAAAAAAUAACAAUUUUAAUUUAUUUUAUAAUUGCUGCAUUAAAAAUAAUUUUAUACCUAUUUUGGAAUAUACUUAAUGUAAAUCUGGUUGAAAAUGAACACCUUAUUAAAACCAGAAAAAAUUAUUUUACAGUUUAUUUCAAAGGGUUACAAAAUCUGUGUACUUUUUUGUAUUUUUUUAAACAUUACAGCGUAAUUUGCGAUUUUUUUUAAUACUACGGAUAAUUAUAUUUCUAAGCAAUGCGUGUACUUAGUUUACCCUGGAAAAUUGACAAAAAUACCUGCAUAUAAGGUCACAAUCAAUUAUUUAGAUUUUGGUAACAAAACAGUUGCGACAAUGUAUACUACUUCCUUUCAAUUGUAUAACGUUGAGGUUAGAUGUUAAGAAAUAUGCACUUAUGUAUAGAAAUAUACACCGUUUUAAUAUACUGUUAAGAUUGAGUUAACUUUUGAAGUGCAUAGUAUAAUUUGAUAUUUUAUAAAUUCUAUUAUCAGUAAGUAAUUUUUUAUGUGGGGCUUAUAAUACAAUAAGAUUUCGUAGUGUUAAUACGAUUGUUCGUUUAUUAAUUACAAAAUUGUUUUUCUAAUAAAAGUUGAAAAUUUGUAAGUAACCUAUAUAUGUAUGCACACGGACUUGUCAUGUUUGUAAAAAUAUAAUUAGAAAGUAAUUAGAACAAUGUUCUAACAUAGCAGUUUAUUUUAAACGAUGGUUAUAAAGCAAUUGUUCAUAGACUAAUAAUUAAUUCAAGUAACAAUACUUCAAGUGUUAUCAAAUAUUGAGAAAUUCAUUUUGACGUUUUCAAUGUAAAGACAUUAUUUCACUGUCUAUAAAUUAGUUUAUUGUGUGUUAAUACGCUUAUAAUUGUUGUACGUUGUAAAUAGUAGUACACUACAAUAAAAAUGUCAAAUAUCUUUA